AUGGCACCGUUCGAGGUCCUCUAUGGAUGGAAGUGCCGAUCUCCUGUACACUGGGGUGAUGUAGGCGAGCGUGCAGUGUUAGGCCCCGAUGUUUUGCUAGAGGCAGAAGAGAAAGUUUGCCUCGCUCAUCAAAGAUUGCUCACGGCGCAAUCUAGACAACAGAGUUAUGCGGAUAAGCGCCGUCAGGAUAUAGAAUUCGUAGUUGGAGACUGCGUAUUUCUGAAGGUUUCACCUAUGAGGGGUGUAAAGCGGUUUGGGGUUCGAGGGAAGUUGAGUCCUCGGUACAUUGGACCUUACGAAGUGUUGGAAUGCAUUGGAGCGGUGGCAUACCGGCUCGCAUUGCCGCCACAGCUGGCAGAUGUUCCUAGUGUAUUUCACAUCUCCAACCUUCACAAGUAUAUUCACAACCCCGAGCAUGCGAUGCUAUACAAACAGCCAGAACUUCAAGAAGAUCUGAGCUAUGAGGAGUUCCCGGUGUCAAUUAUUGCGCGGGAGGUGCACAAUUUGCGAAAUCGCGAGAUUUCUUAUGUCAAAGUCUGGUAG